CGAGGAUGACGAGCGUUUCAUGCGGGUGGCGCUCGAGGAGGCGGAGGGGGCGCUGGCGCGGUGGGAGGUUCCCGUCGGGUGCGUGGUCGUGCGCGACGGGGAGGUGGUCGCGUCGGGGAGCAACCGCACCAACGAGAAACGCAACGGCACGAGGCACGCGGAGUUUGAGGCCGUAGACGAGCUCCUGGCGCGCCACGGCGGCGACGCCGUCGCCGCGGGGUUCGACCGAUGUUCCCUCUACGUCACCGUCGAGCCGUGCAUCAUGUGCGCGGGGGCGCUGUCGCUGCUGGGGUUCGAGCGGGUGACGUACGGUUGCGGAAACGACAAGUUCGGGGGGAACGGGUCGAUACUGAGCAUACACGACGACGGAUGCGCGCCGUGCGUCGAGGAACCCGCGUCGUCGUCCAAGUCCCACGCGGGAUCAGAUGGGAAAGUGUCCAACGACGACGCUCGCGCGGCGAACACGUAUCCGUCCGUCGGCGGUCUGUUCGCGGAGGAGGCGAUCGCGCUGCUGCAGGACUUCUACGUUCGGGGUAACCCCAAGGCGCCCAAGCCUCACAGGCCCCUCGCGCCGGAGUCGGCGGCGCGCGCGGGCGGGUGACCGGGACGGGGUUGGACAUGGUGGACGUGGUUGCGAUCCGUGCCAGUCCCGUCGUUCUUUCCGCGACCUUCCGGUUGCGUAGUCUCUCGUCUAUCUAUGAUCGAUCGUGGU